AUGUUACCUCCUAAGUUGCAAGAUCCAGGAAGUUUUACCAUUCCAUGUACCAUAGGGGAGUUAGAAGUUGGAAAGGCUUUGAUUGAUAUGGGAGCUAACAUUAAUUUAAUGGCACUCUCAAUGUUCAAAAGAAUUAAAGGAUUGGAACUCAAACCAACACGGAUGACUCUUCAAUUGGCGGAUAGAUCUCUCAAAUAUCCAUAUGGAGUAGCUGAAGAUGUAAUAGUAAAGGUGGACAAAUUUCUGUUUCCAAUGGAUUUUUUGAUAAUGGAGAUGGAGGAGAAUGGCGAUGCGCCUUUGAUUCUUGGAAGACCAUUCGUGAAGACGGCCAGAAUAGUGAUUGAUGUAGAGAAUGGUAAACUUAAAGUCAGAGUGCAGGAUGACGAGGUGGAUUUUGAUGUGUUUCAAGCAAUGACACAUCCUACAGAUGAUAAAGCAUGCUUUCAAGUAAACAUUGUGGAUGAACUCUGUAUGAUGCAAAGGGCUAGGGUACGUGAUAUAUCUUCAUUGGAAAGAGCUUUUAUUGAUGAUUGUGAAGAUUUGAAUGAAGAAGAUGAAAAAGUGAUUAAAGAAUGUGUUCGGGAUUUGGAGGCAACAAAAGAAAUUCUGUUAAACUCUCUCAAGACACCCAUCUGGAACUCGGAAAAUGGGAGCCUCACGCCCAAAUCGCGGAAUAAAGUUAUGUAA